AUGGUAAGCAACAGCGCUGCCCCCGCUGCGUUGCCUGCCUAUUGGGAUGGGGUUUCGGUGAUUAAGGGAUUGGGGGAGAGCAAGAAUGAGGUAACAAUGCAGUAUCUUUUGCUUCUGUUGUGUCUUGGUGGCGUUCAGCUAGUGCCACUCGAGGAGUCGUACCUCUCCAGCAAAGAGAAAUGUGGAUAUGAGAGCUGCCCGGCUACAUCUCCUAAUAUGCUGAACGUGCAUAUUGUUCCACAUACACACGACGACGUUGGAUGGCUGAAGACAGUCGACCAAUAUUAUUAUGGAAGUAGAAACAAUAUUCAGAAGGCUGGUGUUCAGUAUAUUUUGGAUUCAGUCGUGAAAGAACUCUGGGAGUCUCCUGAAAGAAGAUUCAUUUACGUGGAAACAGCUUUCUUCUGGAAGUGGUGGGUCCGUCAGCCGACGGUUAUUCAGGAGAAGGUUCAUACCUUGGUCAGGCAGGGGCGCCUGCAGAUGGUUGGAGGAGCUUGGAGUAUGAAUGAUGAAGCCGCUUCUCAUUACCAAAGCACGAUUGAUCAGUUUACUUGGGGACUCAAAAAAUUAAAUGACACAUUUGGAAAAUGUGGUUGGCCUCAUGUUGGCUGGCAAAUAGACCCCUUCGGCCAUUCCAGAGAGUUCGCCAACCUAUUGGCCAUGAUGGGAUAUGACGGGCUAUUCCUAGGUCGGAUAGACUACCAGGAUAAGAGGGCCAGGUUGAAGGGUAAAAAUAUGGAAAUGGUAUGGAGGGGAGACGAUGUUCUGGGGAAAUCAUCGGACAUAUUUACGGGUGUACUUUUCAAUACAUACUCCCCGCCUCCCGGCUUUUGUUUCGAUGUUUUGUGCGCAGAUGAACCUAUUAUUGACGAUCCUAGUUCACCGAUGUACAAUGUCGAAUUGAAGAUUCCAGUAUUUCUAGACUAUGUUAAGAAUGAAGCGAGGUAUUAUAGAACUAAUAAUGUCAUUGUCACAAUGGGCGGAGACUUUACAUAUCAAGAUGCUUCGAUGUGGUAUAUAAAUCUUGACAAAUUAAUUAAAUACUCAAAUUUGAAAGCAGCUAAAGAUGGCAUGAAUAUAUCUGUGUUUUAUUCCACGCCAAAUUGUUAUUUGAAAUCAGUUAAGGAGGCCAACCCGACUCUACCCACAAAGCGGGAUGACUUCUUCCCAUAUGCAAGUGAUCCGACCGCUUAUUGGACAGGAUACUUUACAUCUAGACCCACAACAAAGUACUUCGAGAGAGAAGGCAACAAUUAUCUACAGAGUAUGAAACAGCUGCAAGUUUUGGCAAAUUUAGACAAACACAACGAGUUUGUUUUGAAUGAACUGAAAAGUGCUAUGGGGGUAAUGCAACAUCACGAUGCUAUUACUGGGACGGAAAAACAGCAUGUUACACAUGACUAUGAAAGACUGUUGAGCCAAGCUAUCGAUGAUGCUAUCAUCAUAGCUAAGCAAGCGUUCAAUAAAAUGGUUACUAAGGAUAGCAAUAGUAAGCCUAUAUUUGACUUCCAAAGAUGUCAUUUGAAUGAAUCCAGCUGUGAGGUCUCUGAAAGCAGCGAUAGUUUUGUUGUAACUAUUUAUAAUCCUUUAGGUUGGUCUGUCAAAGAACCUAUUAGGAUUCCUGUAACUGAUGGUACAUACGAGGUCUUUGGACCCGGUGGCGCUUCAAUAAAAACACAAAUGGUGUCAAUAUCGACAAAAGUUAAAAGCAUACCGACACGGGUAUCGAGAGCGACGCAAGAAAUUGUCUUCCUGACAGAAUUAAAGCCCCUAUCCUACAAAAACUUCUACAUAAAGAAAAGCAAUCGACCAAAACGGAAUCUCAAACCGACAUUCGAUUUCUACUCAAACAUUAAUAGAAAUGUUUGGCCUAACAUUAAUUACAACGAUCUAUCUAAAACAGAAUAUGAAAAAUACUUGACAACUCAACCUAUACCCGAUGCACCACUUUAUCUACAAGACAUCCCGAAUGCAUAUGACAGAAUUAUUAAUCUUGACGUCCUUAAAAACGGUCCAAAUGACAACAGUGAAAAAACACUUGAAAUGGAAAAGAUUUUAACUGAAAAUGGAAGAAAAAGCGGUAAAAUCAACAUUGAAAAUCAUUAUGAAACUGAUCCAAAUGCUCAAGAUAAAAAAAUACUUGAACUAAAACAAAUUUUAAAUGAUAAUACAAGGAAAACAGAUAAAGGUAAUGACGCAGCUAAUUUCAAUGACUUAAAAGCUAAUACUGAUGAUCAUGAUCAAAAAAUGAUGGAACUAGAAAAGAUAUUCGAUGAUAGAAAGAGCACAGCUAAAGGUACAAAUGAACCGAAAAUGGCUAAUUUCCCUGUCAUGUUUAAUAUGGAAGAAAUGAGGAUGCUUUCUGACGACCCUCAUGCAGCAGUUGGGGAUGAUGAUGUAGUCAGUCUUGGAAAUCAGCACUUCACACUAGAAGUUAACAAAGCGACAGGCGUCAUCAACAAUGUCGUUUUCUCGGACCACUCGAAGGCUAACUUUUCCAUAAACAUGUAUUAUUACCUGGGCACUUGCGGCGACAACCAUGACACAGCUCACAGAGCGUCAGGAGCAUACAUUUUCCGACCAGCAUGCAAUGCACCAAUUAAACUAGAAUCGUUUAGUAACGAAAUUAUUAAAGGGGAUAUAGUCAAAGAAAUUCGCGUAGAAUUAAGUCCGGCUGGAUAUAUAGACGUUAAAAUUUAUGACAAUCAUAAUUAUAUCGAAGUUGAAUGGGUUGUCGGACCAAUUCCCAUUUUAGACGAUAUAGGCAAAGAAUACAUCGUAAAGUACGAGACGAAAAUCGUUAACAACGGUGAAUUUCACACAGAUUCCAACGGACGACAAUUGUUGAAGAGAAACAGAGAUUUUAGACCGCAAUGGAACGUUACGCUGCAAGAACCGGUGCCUGGGAAUUAUUAUCCAGUUACAAAUCAAAUUAAUAUAAAGAAUAAUGAUUUGAAAUUGUCCGUUUUAACUGAUCGGUCGCAGGGAGGCAGUUCUAUGGCUGAUGGAGAAAUAGAACUGAUGCUGCAUAGGAGAUUGUUGUGUGAUGAUGCUUUUGGUGUUGGUGAAGCUUUGAAUGAAACGGCGAAAGACAAAGGAUUGGUUGCUAGAGGAAAACAUAGAGUGUAUAUCACAAAAAGUAAAGACGAUUUGAAAGCAGAAGUAGUUGAAAUGCACCAACCGCCAAUUCUUCUGUUCGCUGAUGCUAAAAAUAUUAAAUACGAUGAUUGGCUAGCUAUGGACAAUGAGUUUUCGUGGCUCGACAAAGAUUUGCCUAAAGGAAUACAUCUGUUAACUCUAGAACCUUGGGAUUCGAAACUUUUGAUCCGUCUGGAAAAUUACUAUGAAGAUGAGAAUGCAUCAGCUAAUGUAAAUCUGCAAGAUUUGUUUAAGAAUAUUAAAAUUUUGAAAGUUGAAGAGAUGUUAUUAGCUGGGCAUCGGCCAGCUGAUGGAUAUAACCAAUGGGUUUGGAAGAAAGAAGGUGUGACAGAAACUGCUGAAGCAGUCAAGAGUCCUGACUCCAAGAAUUUGACUGUUAAGAUUAAGGGUAAGGAAAUAAAGACAUUUUUGGCUGAUUUCGAAAUCAAACAACACCAUACACUAGUCAAAUCACCUAAAAUGGAAAUAUCAACUCACUAUGAAGUCACAACUGUUGUAUGA